UGUGUGUGUGUGAGAGUGCAACUGCACAGCCAGUAAGUGCGUGUGUAUGUGAAUUUAGUGUGUGCGGUGCAAAGUGUGUGAUCAAAUGAGUCGUCAGCUGAUAGUGUUGUGUUGGCUUUGAGGCGGCGCACAUAAACGCACAGUCAAGGAGAAGGUGCCAGCUGGAGCAAAUUUUGGUCUCCCCUCAUUCCCAAUUUGGGUCUGCACUGGGCAGUGCGCGGGCGGCGGGAUCAUGCCGAUCAUUGCCGAUGCCACCAACGAUGAGCCACCAGCAAAAUGUUGCAAAUAUUGUGAGGAGUCUACGCACAGCGUAGACGGCGGACCUGCAUCGUGGCGUUUAACGCUCGAUCAGGAUCUAAUUGACACGCUCAAAGGCAACUUUCCCAGUUGGUUUCAAGGCACUUCAAGCGUCACAACAGCUGCAGCAGCCGCAACCGCAACAAAUAAGCCACAGACGCAGCAACAUCAACACAGGCAACAGAAGCAGCUAGUGGCCAGUAGCAUUAUACCCAUAACCAUAGACACAAGGUCCAACAACAACAACGCAAGCAACAACAACAGCAGCAGCAGCAGCAGCAGCAACAAUACACUCCAGCAACAACAACAUCAGCAGCAGCAGCAGCAGCAACAGCAAGCAGGCAUAUUAAGCAGUUGCUCCUCAUCAGCAUCGCCCGCCUCAUCGAUUAGCUCGAAUUGCUCGAAAAAGUCAAACAGCAGUAGCAGCGUGAGCAGCUGCAGCAGCUCAAGCUCCAACUCCUGCUCCAGGAGUAAAUCUGUGAGCACAGCGACGGCACAACGCUUGCUUAACAAGUCCACAGCCACGGCCACGGCCACGGCAUCGCCCCACAAGAGUUUGUCACGCACUCUCAAGGCUACGCAGCGAGCGCACAAUAGCAGCCCAAAGGUUGGCCACUUGGUCAAGUCCGCCUCGCUGCAUAGCCUGAGCAGCGGCAGCAGCAGCAGCAGCAGUAGCAGCAACAGCAACAGCGUUUGCACUAGCAACGGCGGCAGCGGCUCAGCGCUGCUGGCCACCAUCUCCACAUCGCCGCUGACAACAGUUGAGGUAUUCUCGAGCGCCAGCUGCAACGGCCUGCUGGCCACCCGGCUCAGCGGCAAGGCCUUGGAGCAUACAUUUCAGGAUAUAAUACUGCUGCACGAGGCCUACGACGAAAUGUCGGAGGGUGAGCAGCGACUGCAUGCCACGUUUUUGAGCAGCAGCGAUGAUGGGAAUAAUUCAGAUUGCUACGAGGCCAGACAAUCACCGCCCAAGGCCAUUGUCGACUCCAGUCCGCUGCAGCCAGCCAUGGACAAGAACAAAGAAUCGCUCAAAGUGAAACUGAUGGUGCGACGGCCACACUCGCAGCUUGUUGAACAAGGCAUCAUACCAUACAUAGAUGAACUUGACAUUCUUCUAUUGUACAGGAGCACCUCAGACACUCUGCGACUAGCAUCAAAAGCAACGUUCUCCAAUAGAUUCCGGGCUUACACAUGUGUGACGACAGCUGCCACUCCGGCAACUAUCACUCUGCCAGCUGCGCUGCCCAACACUAUUUCCAUAACGAGCAGCACGGGAGCAGCUCCUGUGAGCUUUGGCGACGCCACGAUGCUAACAGCGCCGCUUGCGGGCACGCCUACGCCACCAACGCUGUCGCUGAUUGCAACAACACAACCCACUGUGGCAACAGUUGCAGCAGUGCAACAGCAACAGCAACAUCCACCGCCUCUGCCCUCGCCAGCUCUCUCGAUAAGCUCAUCCAUACCACCCAGCCCAGCGACCAGCUUUGCCGAGUCCACCUCUAGCUUCAUUACAGACCUAACGCGACUCGAGAAAAUGAAGGUGUCCGACCUAAAACAGCAUCUCAAGCGUCGCAAUCUGCCCGUUUCCGGGCCCAAGCCGCAGCUAAUCGAACGCCUGAAGCCGUAUCUGCCCUUGGAGCCGCUGGAAUGCUGCACACCGGCAAACACGCCCGCCAGCGCCACCGAAGUCAUCACCAUUAGCGAUGCCAUGGACACCAGCAACAGCGAGCCACAACAGCCGCCUCCAGUGGCCAUGCUGGUCACCGAGUCGCCAAUCCCUGGUGCCCUGGAGCACGAGCAAAUGGAUGUGGUUCAGCAGCUGGACAAUAGUCAUGCCAUGACACUGCAGACAAUAUUGCCACCACAGCCUCAAACAGCAACCAUCAUCCAAAACGAGGAACUCUUGCGCAGGCAACAGCGGAAGAUUGAUGAGCUGCAGCGCCAGUUACAGCGCUCCCAGCAGGAGCUGCAGCAAAUUCGACGCCAGCAGCAGCAGCAGACGGUCACUGCCCAAGUGGUGAAUGGGCUGCCCUCGCAGCAAAUCACGCUGAUCACCACCACGACCACGGCGAAUGGACCACAGCAGACGCUGACGAUGCUGCCGCAGCUCGAGAAGAGCAUACCAGCCAAGGUAACUGUGAAGCCCGCUCCAGCAGCCGCCGCAGCUGCCAAGCUCAAUGGACAGCAAGCCAAGAAGCCAACUAGCAUCUGCAACAGCAGCAGCAGCAGCAGCACAGGCAGCAGCAAUCAGCCGACUACGGCGCCCAUUAAUCAAAAAUUGGUUGUCAAGCAGCAGUUAGAGGCUAAGAUUCAAAAGCAAAAGGCAGCCGCUGCCGCAGCAGCAGCAUUGCAGCAACAGCAACAGGCACAACAACAGCAACAGCAGCAGCAGCAACAUCAACAGCAUCAUAUGCGAUUGCAAACGCAAAAGACACAAACUGUACUCAUUCCAUCCAACAACAAUAACAACAACAACACGAACGCAACCAAGCUGCCAGUCUCGCCAGCUAAACAUUCAAAUGUUGCUAUUGCCAGUGCUGCUGCUGCUGGAAACACGACGACAAUAUUGCAUGCGAACAAGCCAGUGACAGCAGCAACCACAUCGCUGCCGCACUCUAAUAAUGUGGGUCUCGUAUGGAACGAGGGAAAUCAGACCAUAUUCCUACUAGGACUGAACGACCAACAGAUGACAGCACACACGCUCGGCAACAUAAGUCUAACAGCAACAACCACAACAGCAGCAACAGGCGCAGCAGCAACUACAAUGUCUGCCCAGAGCACACCUGCCAGCAAGAAGCUGCUGAAUGGACACCAACGCACAAACUCGCUGCCCAGCAUUGGCUUCCCCUUUGAGACAAAGCCAAUUAUUACCCAACAGCAAUUGCAGCACCUGCAACUGCAACAGCAGCAGCAACAGCAACAAUUUCAGCCCACCCAACAGACCAUACAGCUAGACAUAAAGACGAGCACAGUGCCGCCCCCACAAUACGAGGAGGCCACGAAGCAACUGGCGGCCAAUAAAGCAGCCGCCGCCUUGGGCAACAAUGUGCCACUCAUGAAAAUCAAAGAGGAGCCGUCCACAUCGCCCGCACCGCCAGCAGCAACGCUGCGUAAGCCGACAGGCAUCAAGUCGGAGCAGGUCAGCGAUGUGCUGGACAUACUCAUCAAACAGGGCGAGUUGCCAGAGAGCGCCGCCCUGGAGCCCAUCACCCCCCUGACGCCCUUGCCCGAAUUAUCGCUCUUUAACGGCGUCACCCCCACAACGGCAGCAGGCGGUGCCAGCAUUGUGCCGCUGGUGCCUAAGCUAGAGGCGCCAGCCACGCCACAGUCGCUACCCAAUCUGGAGAUGGCCAUGGACACCAAUGACAGCCACGUUAACUUCGCCAGCAAUCAGCCGGCAGGCUACAUCGAGAACAUAAACAUGGCCUCGCCCUUGCAGCCCGAUGUUGGCUCCAUCGACGCCGAAAGCGUGGCCAAGACGCUAGACAUAUUCCUCGAGCAGCAUCAUGCCACGCCCCCGCCCAGCACACCACCAAAGUGCAACAGCAGCAGUAACGGCGGCAUCAGCGGAGUUGGUGUUGGUGUAGGUGUUGGUGUUGGCAAUGUGGACAAGCCCAACAGUCCAGACGCCAAGCUGAAUCACUUUGAUGAGUACGAGCUGCUUGAGCUGAUGUCGCAACAGUUGGAAAUGGACAUUGGCGAUGACUCCAACAACUAUUGCAGUGGCAAGAGCAACAGCAGCAACAACAACCUCAAUCUCAAUCGCAGUCUUCAGCCCAGCAUCAACGAGCUGCUCGACGCCAGCAGCCCGCAGAGCGUGCUUCUGAAUAACAAUCACAGCGCUGACGUUGACUUCGACGCAGACAGCUUUGUGGCUCAGCUCAGCCAGCAUGUUGCUGGCGGCAGCAAUCACUCUGGCAGCAACAGCAGCGGCGCCAAUGGCAACAGCAAUUGCAACAACAUCUUGAUCAGCACAAAUGGCUGUGGCAUGGGUGUGGAUUGCAGCACAUCAAAUGGCCACUAUAGUGGAACGCCCAUGGAGGUAUGCGACGACUUGGAGAGCACGUUCAACUCCAUCAUGCAGGCGGUGAAUCAGCAGCCCUCAUCUAGCAUCCACGGCGACUACGCGUCGACAGCAGCUGGCAGCAACAGCAGCAACAGUGCGAUGGACAGCGGCGGAGCAGUUGAUGCAUUCAAUGCCAGUGGCGACAUAUUCGAUUUGUUCAACAUCGAUGACUACAAAAUGAGCUGGGCGGCUGGUGACUUCACUGUCUAAUAGUCCCUAAUCAAAGCAAAAAAGGCAAAUAUACGCCCGAACACACACACACACACACACACACACAUACGCAAACACACACAUAGACAUAGAAUUAACUGAUAAUAUGGGUGAUGCUCACUUUUUCUCAAAUAUUCCUGAUAAUUCGUCUUGACACAAGCAAAGAAAAAAAAAGAAUAAGUCCUAUUUAUUUUCUAAAUGCAUUUAAAAAUCAUUUGAAUGUUACAGUCAGUAAAUUCAAACUUUACUAUUUCCAAACAAACACACACACACACACAUGCAUACAAAAUCACAUUUACACAUACUAAACAAAAGUCAUAAUUGCCGGGAGCGUUAGUCCAAAUGAUAUUUUGUAAAAUUUAUCAAACACUCCACUAUACUUCUGCACCCUUUCCUAUAGGCAGCAACAAAAAACCGCCAAAACAUUUAGAAAAAAAAAUUAUAUAAAAAAAAAACAAGAAAUGUAUAUUUAGUAAAAGAUAAGCAAAAACAUUGUUUAAAGGUCGAAAAAAGUACAUGUUUCUAAUUAAGGUCAUUCCAAUUUGAAAAUAUGGCGAGUGAAUUCUAACCAAAAGUCUAGCAGAGCGCAAGAGAGCGAGAGCGAGUGAAAAUGUUGAGAAUGGAUGGUCUGCGGAAAAAUUGAAUUGAGCCUGUUGAUAGAUGAGUUAAGCAAACAGAAAUUUCGCAUAAAUUAUUUGCAAUAUUUCGUGAAAUUGCAUCCAAAACGAAAAAGUAAAAGUAAAGUAAAACACAUUCAAGAAUUUUGUUUUGAGUUCUAUUUAAAAUGAAAUUUACCAUAGGAGUAACCACACAAACAUCAACAACUGACGCCAGCUUAAUAAAGUUGAUGCUAAAGAUUACACGUUUUAAAUGAAUUUUAUUAAAAGAUUUGAAAAGUAUUUCCUGUAAGGAAAGAAAAAGCCUUUAAAAGUAGUCGAAAAAAGUUAAAUUAAAUCAAUUAGCAAUGUUAAUUUUGAGCCUUUUAUGCCAAUUAUUUAUACCUAAAAGCGCUACAUAUUUUUUGAAUACUAAUCAAUGUACGCAAAUUUGAGCACGAAUGGGCAAAUUCCGUUACUUAAAUAAAUUUAAUAACCAAAACUUGACGCGGUCAUGUACUUCAGAUUCAGAGCAUUAGCGAACUUCUUAAUGGCAAUUUAUAAGAGAAACAUGUUUUAUGUUUAUGGCAAUUUUCAUAGGUGUAACUGUAAAUUGAGAACGUGCUAAGCAUUCGGACAUAUAUUAAGUGGUACUCACUUGAAAAAAAAUAUAAUAAAAAAAACAACUCCAACUGAAACAUUAUGUUAAGCAAUUGACACAUUUCAAGAACAAUACGAAAAA